AAUAACACAUGUUGCAAUUACAGCAUAUCAACCUAUUUUCAUUUCAAUCCAAAUAAGUCUAUAACGCAUAGGUGACUUCCCCCUCAAAGAGAAAGCCUGACAACUACAAUUAUCACAAAAAAGUUGCUUUGUGAUUGCGCCAGGGUUUUCAAGAAUGAAAGGCAUCUAGACAGGCAUUGGAGGCAGUAUCAUUCUCUUGGAGGGCAGCUGACAAAGCCGCAAGAAGUACAGAACGCAAAAAAAUUGCUUUGCGAAUAUUGCGCCAAGAGUUUCAAGCACGAAGGUCGUCUAGACCAGCAUUUGAGGAAAUGCCAUUUACUAGGAGCAGAUAAUCUGGCUCUCGUCUGUGGCAAGUUAGUGCAGCUGACAAAGUCGAAAGAGAUAGAGAAUACCAAAAAAUCUACAGACAAAGAGAGACCUUGGAAAUGCGCCGAUUGCCACAGAAUUUUCAGACACUGCGGCAUCCUACAGAAACAUAGACGGGAGUUUCAUUCAGAAGCAGCAGAUAUACCAGAUCUUAUCGACAGCGCACAAUUGAGGAACAUAGAAAGUCAGAGAGACGAUACAGAAAUGAACUGUGAAGUCACGAAGAGUGAAAGCGACGUCGCGUUAAAAAAAUUCGAGUGCGACCUUUGCGGAAAGCUCUUCAAGCAACGCAGCGGACUUACUGCUCACCAGAAAGAGGUUCACAUCAAAGCCCUCAAUUACACGUGCGACGAGUGUGGGAUGCGCUUUGUCAAGAAAUUCAAGUUGACGCGUCACAUACGGCAAGCUCAUUCUCAGGAAUCGAAGCUGUUCUGUCCGCACUGCGAAGCAGGUUUUGGCGAGACGUACUUCCUGCGGGAGCAUAUCAGGGUCAGGCAUGAGAACAUGCGAUACAGCUGCCAAGAAUGCGGCAAGGAAUACGAGUCUAGGUGCGGCCUAAUAUCGCACAUGUCCUUGCACAGAAAUGAAAAGUAUCGUUGUGCGCUUUGCGAGAAAGUCUGCCCGAACAAGCAGCAAUUGCGCAGACACAAAUGCGUCAAAGUGAAUACUUAUCCUUGUAACAAGUGCGGUAAAGAGUUCACUGCAAAGAAACAUAUGGUAGCGCACAAAAGGACCACGAUUGAAUGUAACGAGAAACGAAGAUACCAUUGCCAGCGAUGCGGUGAGCAGUUUACAGCCAAGACAAAGAUAGCAAAUCAUAUAAGACAGGAACAUCAGCCUGAUCCUAAAAUUCCAUACUGCAAAUUAGAACAUAAUUAUAGUAAGAGCAGUAAACAGGCUCAAAGUAGACCUGAGCCUAUUCUGGAUGAGUCGUUUCAAAUGGGUGAUACCGCACAAGAGAUCAAUACCAUCGUUAUAGAUUCUGAUGGUACCGAUUGCGAUUCCGAUUUUUCCGUGUACGAACAAUUAGUUUAAAAACGGGUUAUAUUUGAAUUAACUAUACCCAGUGACAUUAGAAGGGUUAGACCCAGAAAAAAUAAUUCUUCAACUUAUGUUUUUUCUGGC